AUGUCUCACGUACCUCCUCCGUUAGUAGAUAAUGAUGAUGAUUUGUUUGAUAAGGAUAAUGAAAAUGAAGAUCUGUUUUCAUCUGCUAUGGAUGACAUGAACAUAGUAAAGUCAGGUGUUAUUAAUCCAUUACCAGAUCUACCUACUCUCCAGUUGUCUGUGGAAAAAAGUCUUGCUUCUUCACCAGUUGAUGAAAGCACUCAUGAAGAUGUCAGUGUUCACAGUCCAACACCAACCCAAAAAUAUCAGCCUCCCCUCCUUAUCAAGGAUUCUAACUCUACUGGAACGGAUCACUAUAUUGAUAUUCGUGUUACUGAUGCUACCAAACUUGGUGAUGGGAUGGCAGCUUACAUUGUAUUCAGAGUUGAAACAAAGACUAAUAUACCUGUAUUUAGAAAAACUUUUUUUUCAGUCCAAAGAAGGUUUAGUGAUUUUUUAGGACUUCAUGAAAAAUUAGUUGAAAAAUACUUAAGAUUGGGGAGAAUAAUACCACCAGCGCCUGAGAAAAGUGUAAUUGGUAUGACAAAAAUCAAAAUGUCUGGAUCAAAUGAUGUUUCCCCUCCUACUGAGUUUUUGGAAAGGAGGAGAGCUUCUUUAGAAAGAUAUCUUCAAAGAACUGCAGCACAUCCUGUUUUAAAUGUAGACCAAGAUUUUCGAGAAUUCUUGACAUCAGAAACGGAUCUUCCUAAAGCAUCUAAUACAAGUACACUUAGCGGUGCUGGAAUGUUGAGGUUUUUUAACAAAAUUGGAGAAACUGUAAACAAAAUCACAUAUCGAAUGGAAGGUUAUGACUCUUGGUUUGAAGAGAAGAGUCAAGAAAUUGAAAACCUGGAAAAUGGAUUACGAAAACUGCAUUCAAAUAUGGAAUGUCUGGUUCUUGCUCGCAAAGAGCUUGCUGUUUAUACUGGUGCUUUAGCGAAGACUAUUGCUAUGCUUAGUAACUGUGAAGAACAUACUCUCCUCUCUCGGUGUCUUGCACAUCUUACUGAUCUUGAAGAAAAGACUGAAACUCUUCAUCAUGAACAAGCUAACUCGGAUUUUUCAACUGUAUGUGAAAUGAUGAAAGACUAUAUCGCUUUGAUUGGAGCUAUAAAGUGUGUAUUUCAUGAACGGGUGAAGGUAUAUCAGAAUUGUCAACAUUCACAACUGAUGUUAAAUAAAAAAAGAGAAUAUAAAGCUAAAAUGGAAUUUGCCAAUAGAACAGAUAAAGUAAGCAUUGCAGCUCAAGAAAUAGUGGAGUGGGAAUCAAAAGUAGAAAGGUGCGAAGAAGAAUUUAAUAGCAUUUCUAAAAUGAUUAAAAAAGAGAUGGAAAGGUUUGAAGCUGUUAGGGUAGAAGAAUUUAAAGCAGUAUUUAUUAGAUACAUGGAAGAUCAGUUAAAACAUCAAAUCCAGCUUGUCAAGUUUUGGGAGACUUUUUUACCUGAGGCUAAAGCUAUAGCCUAG